GGCGAUAGGGCACAUGAUCUGGCCAAAGCUCGCCGAGGAGAGGCCGUGGGUGCUGCCGAUGGUCGCCGAGGAUCAGAAGCGGACGGGAGCGCGCGGCUACGUGGGGCAAGGGUACGAGAUGACGUGCUACGCCACCAACACCCUGUGGGGCUUCGACCCGCGGCACAUCCGGACCAAGCACGUGGCGGUGUGGUGGGCGCACGAUGACGGCAGCCCCGGCAUCGCGAGCCCUCGGGUCAGCCGCCGCCCUGCGUUGUGGCGCCCUCCAUUUCAGCCGCGCCGCUGCGAGUAGGCUGCCCGCCGGAGCACGGGAAGUGGCUCGCGGAGCUCUUCGAGCGGACGGAGGGCGUGCAGACGCGCAACCGCAGCGUCGACAUCGGCCUCGGCCACUGGUCGUUCUCGCCCUCGCUCGGGCCGUGCUACCAGGCGGCCGAGGAGUCGCUGCCAAAGACGCUGCUCGAGAUGACGCGCAAGGAGGCGAAGGCGGCGCCGGAGCUGUGGCCAGAGGACGAUGCGGAGGGAGUGAGCAGAGGUUCGAGCGGCGCGGAGGCCGAGGUCGACCCACAGCGUCUUCAAGACGCACACGUGGAGGCGCCGGCGAGAUAGAGAUGAGAAUCUGUUUUGGUUGUGAGGGGCGGUGGCUGCGGGGUGUGCGAGUGUGCGGAGCCGGAGUCGCAGCAGGGCUGCGCCACGUGUACUCUUUUUGCUCUCGGCCGGCCCGCCUGGGCGGCCGCUGCUCUGUCUGCCAG